UGAACACCACAGCCAGUGAGGGUAACUUCCUGUUGUGACUGCAGACUUCAGGGUUUUCCCUGUUGCAUCUCCAGACCCACCACUCUGAUCUGCUCCCAAACCUCUCUGCCGGAUUCCAUCCAUCUCCCUCUGCCCUCUUCUUACCCCCUCUGUACUCCCACCCCUGAACGUCCAUCAGAGAUAAAAUGGACGACAGCUACGAAAGCAGGACUUCCUUAGUGAAGGGGGCCAAGGACAUCGUCAAGGAGGCCAAGCGGCACGCUGUGAAAAAGGUCAACAAGGUCGUGGACAGCACCACAGACGAGUACUCCCAGCGCAAAUACAGCCGUUUCGAGGACGAGGUGGACGAGGGGGACGACUUUUACCGUAACCCUCCCAGGCAGGACGGAGGCUACAAUGACAACGACCAGGCCAGUGAUGCCAGCGACGCCACAGAGGGCCAUGAUGACGAAGAUGAGAUCUACGAAGGGGAGUACCAGGGAAUCCCAGCGGCCGGAGACAGGCGGGCCAGGGAGGGGCAGGUGGCUCUGGGGCAGCCCGUCACAGACAGCCUGAAGGACCGUAAGGAGCUGGAGCAGGAGAGGCAGGCGGACGAGGAGGAACUGGCCCAGCAGUAUGAGCUGAUCAUCCAGGAGUGUGGCCACGGCAGGUUCCAGUGGCAGCUGUUCCUGGUGCUGGGCCUGGCCCUCAUGUCGGAUGGGGUGGAGGUGUUCGUGGUGGGGUUCGUUCUACCCAGCGCCGAGACGGACAUGUGUGCUCUGGGUGGCUCCAACUCCAGAUCUGGAUGGCUAGGCAGUAUUGUGUACCUGGGGAUGAUGGUGGGGGCGUUCUUCUGGGGGGGCAUGUCGGACAAGGUGGGCCGCAGACAGUGUCUGCUCAUCUGCAUGUGUGUGAACGGCUUCUUCGCCUUCCUCUCCUCCUUCGUUCAGGGUUAUGGCAUCUUCCUACUCUGCCGCGUGAUCGCAGGCUUUGGAACAGGGGGAGUUGUACCCAUCGUCUUCUCCUUAUUUGCGGAGGUGCUGUCCAGAGAGAAGAGAGGGGAGCACCUGAGCUGGCUCUGCAUGUUCUGGAUGAUUGGAGAGAUCUAUGCUUCAGCCAUGGCCUGGGCCAUUAUACCACACUACGGCUGGAGUUUCAGUAUGGGUUCUGCCUACCAGUUCCACAGUUGGAGAGUGUUUGUGGUCGUCUGCGCCCUGCCCUGCGUUUGUGCUGUUGUGGCUCUCACUUUCAUGCCCGAGAGCCCCAGGUUUUACCUGGAGGUGGGGAAGCACGACGAGGCUUGGAUGAUCCUCAAGCAGAUCCAUGACACCAACAUGCGAGCGCGUGGGCAGCCGGAGAAAGUCUUCACCGUGAACAGAAUCAAGAUCCCCAAGCAUUUGGAUGAGCUGGUGGAGAUUAAAUCAGAGUCGGGGAACCCAGUCUCCAAGGCCCUCUUCAGGUCCAAGACAGAGCUAUGUGGGAUCUGGGUUAACUUUAUGAAGUGUUUCGACUACCCUCUGAAAGAAAGUACUAUCAAGCUAGCUAUUGUGUGGUUUACUCUGUCCUUUGGGUACUACGGCCUGUCUGUGUGGUUCCCUGACGUCAUCAAGCACCUCCAGGCAGAUGACUACGCCUCCAAGGUGAAGAUCCACAGCAACGAACGCAUCGAGGACUUCACCUUCAAUUUCACCAUGGAGAACCAGAUCCACACCAAUGGUGUCUUCAUCAACGACAGAUUUGUUAAUAUGAAGUUGAAGUCCAUCACCUUCAUUGACUCCACCUUCCGUAACUGCUACUUUGACGACGUGACGUCGGUGGGAUCCUACUUCCGGAACUGUACCUUCAUCGAGGCGUUCUUCUACAACACUGACAUCGAUGACUCCAAACUGAUAGAUGACACAGAGGUGAUCAACAGCACGUUUCACCACAACAAGACGGGCUGUCAGAUGACAUUUGACGACGACUACAGCGCCUACUGGGUCUACUUCAUCAACUUCCUUGGAACUCUGGCUGUUCUGCCCGGCAACAUCGUCUCGGCACUGCUCAUGGAUAAAAUCGGACGCCUUUCCAUGUUAGGUGGCUCCAUGGUUCUGUCAGGGAUCAGUUGUUUCUUCCUGUGGUUCGGCACCAGUGAGUCGAUGAUGAUCUUCAUGCUGUGCCUUUACAACGGCCUGAGCAUAUCAGCCUGGAACUCACUGGACGUGGUCACCACAGAGUCCUUCCCUACAGACAGAAGAGGGACAGGUUUUGGGUUCUGUAACGCUUUGUGUAAGCUGGCUGCAGUGUUGGGAAACCUGAUCUUUGGUUCUCUGGUUGGCAUCACCAAGUCCAUCCCCAUCCUUCUGGCCUCAUCUGUGCUGGUGUGUGGAGGCCUGGUGGGGCUCCGGCUGCCUGAUACCAGGGCCAACGUACUCAUGUAGCCCCAGGAAGGACCACCUGGCCUGUGGAAGACUUGGGCCAAACCUGGUGCAAAGGGUUUGCUUCAAACAUGUCCUAUGGAUGUUUGAGAUUUGAUUUGCUUAUUGCCGCUUGUGGUCUCAAAGGGAGUUCAAUUGCAUAACUCCCCACCCCCACCCCAUAUUGCUACAAAACAGUAUAUCUACUUUCACUUUAUCAAUUUAUGUAUGUACAAGACACAACCCAAGCUCCAGACCAUCUGCACAAUUCCCUGGUGUCAAAGGGAAACUCCUAUUUAUUAUUGAAUGUAAUAUUUGGGGACGUCACAACGCCCCGUCCAGGAUGGAAUGAUGUCACUCAAUAUUUUCAUGUUAUUUCAUCAUGAUAUAAUCAUAAGAGUUAGUGGGGUAUAUAUUUUAGUGAAGCUUGUGGUGAGCAUUGUUCAGGGGAAUUGAUGGUCAGUUGUUCAUGACUGGUUGAUGGCCAGGCCAUUGCCUGUGGAUUAUGUCCAUCCAUCCCUGUAUAGUACUGGCUGUGAAGGGAACUACUGUAUAAUGGGUCCUGUAGUUGGCUGAAGUAGACUCUAUAUCAGUGUCAAGGCCUGUUUGCUAUGAGCUGGCUUGUGAAGUCAGUACUGAGCUAGUGCUAUGUGAGUUGUAUAGAUGUCAGUAGCGCCUGUUGCUUUGUAUCUUAUGAGCAGUAGCUUCCAGGCAUGUUUGUCUGGAGUCAUUGCAGGGGCAGGGUUAGUGCUGUACAUAUGAAUGCGUUCUUAUUAGGCCAGGACAGAUGGAGGAGAGAGGGGAUAACAAGCUGUUCUGAGCACAGCCACCCUGCAGUGGGAGAGACAGGGGAAUAGAUGAUCAGAAAGACUGGAGACCACACACCUGCAACACAGCUGGCCUAGACAGACAGGCCAAGGGAGAGAACAAGGGUAUUUCUGGGCCACCGAGUGUAGAUGGAUCUUUGUCAGGCUUGACGUGUUCUUACAUAAUGUUUCACUUGUAAUGUCUGCUAGAUAUACGCACAUACCCUGAACUGUCAACCAUGAAGAGUCAUGGUGAUGGACAGGUCUUAACUAAGCUAAGCUUCUCCCAGAUAACACCUGAAACUAUAAUAAUGUGUUUGUUGUCAGUUGUGGCUAUUUAUUUAUUAGUUUACACUGACAGAUGCAUAAAGAUGUGUUUUUAUUACAGUGUUCUGCCGCACUCUACCACAGUCAUAUAUAAACACUCAAUGUCAAAGCCCUUUGCACCAGCUCUCUAGGCCAUAUUGAAUAACUUGAUUUGUUGUUAUUUGAAGUGUACAUACUAAAUGUAUCAAUAUGUUAAUAUUUAUGUUUUCUUUUGCGGGUAUGUAUCUGCAGCUGUUCUAAAGAAUUUUUGGGGGAAAAUGUAAGAAUCCAAUUUUUUUGUAUCUACUCUUGUUCUCCACUUCUCCUAUGUGUUGUAUUGUAUGCAGGCUUCCUGAUCGGGAUGUAUUUAUGUUCAGCCUUUGAUUUGGUGUUUCUCUUCGGCACUGACUUUGUAAUGACAUGUCAGGCUGCUUCCUUUUCAAGAUACUGAAUGGCCUUUUUUUAAAUGUGCCUCUUCUUCACCGGAGCGUUCUCCUCAUAGACAACAGAACAGGAGACUGAAGGGUACAGGAGGUAAACAGGAAGUGAACUCUGUGUGUGUGAUGUCCCUUCUCACUACGGUCAACAUUUUCAAGUACUGUACAUCAUCACAUUGUGACGUGUAAAAGGUUCAACCUCCAUAUCAGUUUAAAAAAAGAUGCCCUCCCCUCAGAUGAAGUUGGAAGACAAUAUUAUUUUUUAAACUGGAUUGGAAAAUAUCAAAUGUUAUUUAAAGCAAUAAGUAAGUAGUAAGUAAGUAAGUUAGUAACUGCUUGCAUAAGAGUGACCCCCCACAAGACGUAAUUGAAGUGAAAUGACGUGAAAACAACGUUGAUUCAACCAGUGUGUGCCCAGUGGGAAUGCAUUUGCGUGGAUAAAAAACCCACCUGUGACCAUUUGGAAGACAUUUUGGAAUCAGUAACAAAACAGUAUUUUUCAAAAUGUUGUACACAUAAUUCAGUACGUAGCGCAUGUAUAAAUCUUUUCACUGUAUAAUGCCAUUUCAUUAGUGCUGUACACUGCAUAAUGUUGCAGUCUCUAAAUUCUCACCCAAAGUUGACAAAUGCGUCUGACGUUGAUAAGGCAUCCUGCAGGUAGCUGUCGUUACUGUAAGCAGUAUGAUCACCAGACCUCAGUCGCAGGUCUACAUCUCUACAUGGCUCCUUAGUAUUAUCUAUGGCUUACUGCCUGUGUAGCUCUCCUGUUCCCGUGUGUGUCGUAUCUGUGAGUAUAUCAUAGUGUUCGUAGUCCACUGUAUCAAAACUGCGGUCUGCUUGCCCCCUCCUUAUUUUAGCUUUACAUCAUCUCGGAUAUGGUCAAGUCUGUUUGCUGAUUGUUUGCUUCUUGGUAUGCACUACAAAUGAUCUGACUUGUUGAUGAUCAUUGUGGGGACCAGAAGUCCUCACAAGGAUAGUAAAACAAGGGAAAUCUGGACAGGUAUGGACAUUUCGCCAGUCCCCACAAGGAAAAUUCCUAUGUUUGGCUUAGAGGUUAGGUUAGGGAUAAGAGUUAGGGUUAGGCUUAGUUUUAGGGUUAACAUUAGAGUUAGGUUAAGGGUUAGUGAAAAUAGGAUUUUGAAUGGGAAUAAAUAGUUUGGUUCCCACAAGGAUAGUAAAACAAAUGUGUGUGUGUGUGUGUGUAAGUAUUGUACAUAUCAAUGCUGUAUUUGGUGGACUUCUGAGUUAAAUCUGUAUGCUUUUUGAUUGACUGAUGCCUCUCCAGCUGUGUUCAAGCGAUAAAUCCAUCUAUCCAUGUUCUACGUCUGUGUUUCCUUGGCUUAAAGCCACAUGUCCUCUACUACUGUGUGUACAAACUUGCAUGUGUGUAUGAAACUUCUCUUUUUUUCUGCUCAACUUUGUGUUCUUAUUGUAUUCUUCUGCCAGAAGAAGAGAAAAUGGUAGAUUUUUGGAAGAAAAAAAGUGAAUGUAUCACUCGUCAGUUUUUUGGGGACAUUUUUUUAAGUGAACAAUGGUGUGGGCUCAGAUGAACAAAGGUGUGGGCUCAGAUGAACAAAUGUGUGGGUUCAGAUGAACAAAGGUGUGUACAUUAUUGUGAAGGGCAUGCCAAUUGUGGGAUGACUGUGAAGCUGAGUAGAGAAACAUUUGCCAAAUGAUGCCCUGUGAAUAUUGUUUUAAUUAAAGGAGAAUGGCAGGAAUUGCAAAUAGUGCUGCUUAUGAGCAUCAAGUAUAUGAAAUAAAGAUUUAUGUUCUCUAGCAAAUUCAA